CGCUUAGAAAGGCCUGGCGGCGCCUUAGCUUCAGCGCUUGCCGAGGAGGGUGUCCGUCCCCGGAAAAAGGAGUCGGAAGCUCAUCAGGGGGCUAAUAAGCAAGAUGGUGUCUGUGGUGUUCAGGGAGAGCAGGUUUUCAAGCUUCAAAAAAAAAAAAAAAUAGUUGUAUCUUCUUCCAAGUGGAUGGAGGGCGUGUUUGAAAUUGCUUGGCACAAAGUGCGAUGGGAAGCAGCGGUGCUGGCUGCUAUGCUACGUUAUGCAAGCUGACAUAUGCUGCAAACAGUAAUUAAGUGCGUGUUCUCUGUUGUGGCUUUCGGGAUUUUGGCACACAAAGCAUGUGGGGGGACAACGUUUUUCCUUCAUUAAGGCAACUCUAAAAUCUAAACAAGCUGUAAUGCUUAGAAGCUGUUUAAAAUCACUUAAAACUUAAUUUUUCUCACAUGAGAAAGUCCCUGAUUGCUUUUCCGCUCUCAGUUCUCUGAUAUUUCACCUGACUUUGAGGACUAAAAAUUCUGAUUUUUUCGUAAUUCUUCCAAGCUGCUUGCAAGUGAUGCUUCCAGCAUACUUUUUCAAUGGCCAGGAAAGAAACUUCACAACUCCCUUUCAUGCUGGAAGUAUUCAGGCAGCUAUAACUUCGUUUUUUAUGCUAGCUUAGGUAUGGUUUGUGGAUAACCUGGAGGGUGAUGAAAGAAGGUAGGGAAGUCCAGGUGCUAGCAAAUAUUUUUUGUUAUGCCUGCGUCUUAACGUUACAUCCUCUAGGGCAAAGAACGCACACCCUGCUUGUGGGACAGUCAUCUGUGGGGGAAAGGGUGGCAUGGCGCUCAUGGCUGCUGCCUUCUGGUCGUAUCCUAGCGCCUGAAACUGUGUUUAUAUAUCCUGGUAACUAGGGAAAUAGUGAGUAGAACUAGAUUAGGCAUUAGUGGAUUAGUUCAGCCAGAUCCAUUCACGGCAGGGUUUUUUUUGGUGAGCUGUAUUUUUUAGCUCAACUGGUUCAUUGUGUUACCACAUCAACACCUGUGCCAGCACAGUGGUGUGGGAGGAAGUGGGGUGUGCUCAGUCAGGCUGAAUUGGGAUUGUUCUUCAGGACUAGCUGUUAAGUGCUCAAUUGGGUGUGUGCAUUCUGUUUUAUUCACUUAACAGAUGAAUGCCAGUUCAGCUUAAAUUGAAUGUUUAGGUGGCUUUUAUUUACAAUGCCGGAUGAAUCUUUAAAAUGCAGUUUGCAUGUUUGUGCUGCAUCUUGCAUAACAUGGACCUCACAGUAAAAAUCAAGUGCUUUUAAAAUGGCAGGGAUUCUGUCUUUUUGGCUUUUUCAGGACAAGGAAACUAUAUUUUGUUCUGCAGGAAAAUAGAAGUCCCAGCUGUAUAACUGAAUGAUCUCUAAACAGAGAAAAUCAGGCUGUGUGUUUCCCUUUGUACCUAGUGAUCAGUCUACCAGUGGUUUUCAAGCAAUGGUGCGUAGAGGGGGUGAAACAAAUGUGCAGCCAAGCAAGGAGGAUGGAGCACCUUCCCGUUUACUGUGUAGGCUGUAGUUCCGUGAUCGCAUGAAGACAGCGUCCAAAACUUUAGAACAAGGAGGCUCUAGCUUCUAGUCUGGCCUGAUACCGUGAGUCCCUGUGGCCGCUUCUCUAAGCCUCUCUUCUGGAGACCUGCUUGUUGUAUCACUUGUAGAUCAGCUAGAGUUGUUUGUGACUCUUCGUUGAGGUUUGGUCUGUUCUACAGAGCCUUUACUUGAACAGAAUUUGCUUUUGAACUUCAGUAUAGGGUAGCUCGGGCAUCUUUUCCUCCUGCAGUGCAAUAGCAAUAGGAAAGGGUGUUUUCCCAGUCACAAUUUUUAAAGAGAAAAGUAACAGUUCUUCUCUCAGAUCCUGUUCUUGAUAGGGUUUGUUUUGUUGAGCAAGAUGCUGUAUAUUGGCAUGUGUCUCUGAGGCUGACGUUAUGCAGUGACCUGAUGGAAAAUAACUGGCCUGCUGAAAAACUGCCUCAAAAGAGUAAGGAUGAUGAAUUAGCAUGACGACCCCAUUAAAUCUCAAGAGAGUUAAAAAGUGGUUUCUUUUUGCUGUUUGUAACUGAACUGUGGCUUUUAUGUCACUGGUUCGAAGUGUAAACUGUAGAUCUUCAGCAAGUAUAGGCAACAAACAGAACUUUAAAUUUCUCAUCCUUUUGAAGCCAGGAAUUGACAGGGACUUUAGGCUAUUGCUGUACUAAAACUUCUUGAGCCAUUGGGUGAGAUGAGUAAUGAAGGGAAUUGGUGAGAAAUAUCACUUUCUCUAUGAACUUUGAUGGUCUCUGAUGUACGGAGGUAAUGAUCUAGUAGUCUCGAUUAAAAGUGCCUAACUUAACACUUAACAGAAAUUAGCAUAUAGUUCUGUGAUAACAAGUGAAUUGUCCUCCACUGAUGCCAAGAAAGUACUUCAAAGAAAGGAAAUAGUAAGACCAAAGUCUAUUUAGCAGUCUGUCAGAGCAUGAACAGAUAGUUCCAGUUGUUCUUCUACGCUUUUGGUGUAAAGGUUUUUCUAAAGCGGAAAGGUCUCUUGGUUGCAUGCUCUGUUCUAACGCUAUAUACGAUGAGAAAUAGCUUCUCUUCAGUAGCUGCUGACUGGAAAAGUGACUUCUUUUUCUCCUCCUACUGCAGACUAGUAUUUGGAGAUGAUGAACUACUACAAGGAAGCAGGUUUUAGCAGCCUUGUUAGCCAAUAGAUUGUAAAACAUGUCUCAAGCUGUUAGAAAGUAAUAGAAAUCUGGGAAGCUCAGCAUUUGUUCAUCUCAUGUUGAAUGUUAUGAAUAACAUUCUUUUUCUUAAUUACGCUUUUUCCCAAGUCAGUUCUGAUAUCACUUGCAGCUGUUAUUUUCACAGCCUGUUCUGGUAGGAAACAUUGUAUUCCUUCUGAAAGCCUUAGACAAUCAUGUUUCCAGUGAUGUUAAUAUUAAUCUGACCCUAGAGAUCAGAGGAACGGCCUUCCCGUGCUAUGCGUGGCUCCAGAGGGCCAGGCCAGUGCUGGGCUGUGGCGCCUGCAGGGUGCCCAGCACCCUUGGUGGGCGAAGCGUGGAGCACUAGGAGAGGGCUGCCCCCCGCGCUAUGCAUGGCUCUCUUGAAGCAAGAAGGCCAGCGGUUAACAUUCGGUUAUUUGUAUGUGUUAUUGGUGUUUAGGAUUGGCUUAAUUACUAUGUAUAUUGAGGGAGCAGGCCUGCAGAAUAACGUUCAGUAACAGCUUGUGCAUUGUUCUUCUCUUCAGAUGCUUUUCUACUGUAGAAAAGAAUAGUUGCUUGCAAACCCGAGUUUGCUGUUAUAUCUGUGUAGUUUACAUCUUGAUGUAAUGAAAGGAACAUGUUUACUAGCCGUCUGACUCGCCACAACACCUAAGAUUUUAGUAAUUCAUUGUUACAGCUGUAUCUUUAUCGGCGAGCCUGAGCAGGCGUUCACUGCAAAUAGUGUCAAGCGCUUCCUCUCUCCCGGUAGAUUCUGGAGGUACAGACCAAACGUACACAGGUACUACCAUGAGCGCUGGAAUGAGCAGAGUCAGGUCUUGCUGAAGCUCUCUUCCUGUUAACUGCAAAAAUUGUCAUUUUUGUCAAUACCUGCCUCUGGACACCUACUGGUCACCAGGGAGGAGUGAAUUUGCACUGCAACCCUUUCUUCAGCAGGGCACUAAUAGAAUUCCUCUUCUGCACCUAGUUAUCGUUUUUGGAGGAGCUGCAUAUCUGUACAGGUUUGACAGCCAAAUUUGCUUGAAUUUGACUGCAAGCCCAGCAGUUACUACUAAAAUAGACGUACGCAUAGGCGGUGUGGUGAUCUGAGCCUAGCUUUCAAUGGAAAUGUUUUUGGCUAUGCCCAAUUGUAUUUUAAUAUUUGCUGAAUAGUUACAUUAUAGUUUUGUUAAGGAUAACUUUGAGUCUCCUUUGUCAGUGUAACUACAGCCCCUCCUAAUGUUCUCAAAGCUAUCUGUAAUAAAUAUACAUUGUGUUCCUUCUGUAGUCAUGUGCAAGAGAAAUCAGUGACACAGGAGGGGAGCUCGUUAGAAGGUGAACAGCUAUUGCUGAAAAUAGCCCUUUCAUGGCUUUAUCCAUGAUGUUAGAAGUGAAAAUGGGAGUGUGAAGUAUGAUGCCUUACUGAUAGGCUGGCGCAAGUAGAUGGCAGAGACAGAUCUUUUGAUUUUUUGUAGACAGUGUUUGAGUAUACUUGCACCUAUCAACAGGUUGCUCACGAUGGUGAGGUUAUCAGUACUGUUUCACAAAUGCGUUGCUGCUGCCAGCCCUGUUCCAACAUGCCACGCUUGGGCUGUCAGCGCGAGCUUUUUGGGGUUCAUCUCUCUUCUGGCCUAGUGCCAGAAAUGCACUGAAAGGAUUGUUUUGCUUAACCUUAUGGAAUGACAUCUGUCGCUCUGCACAGGAAAGGCUAGAACCAGGUUUCCAUCAUAAACUUGAAUUUUUUUUGGUCAUCGUUAGACUCCUGUCACCAAAAGAGAUAGUCCAUGCCUGAAGAGUUAGCCUACAGAAAUAUACUCAUUUUUUUCCUGUAACAACUGAUGCACAAAGUUUGAGGUAAAAGCAAAAUGCUUCUUCAAAGUUUAAGAGAUGGCCUAUAAUGGAUGUUGAUGUUAUUCCAUUAUAAACAGACUUAAUCACUUUUUUGCCCAUUGAAACAACCCAAUUCCUGUGUUUGUUUCCUAUAAGUAAAACAACGGAGCUAAAGCAUCCCUUCUUUUAGCUUCCCAGCCUCGUGUUUCUCUCCACUCCAGCUUGUUUAGUGAUUGUGUGUAUGCUGCUGCUUUAAAAUAAGCCUGCCGUAACUAGUUGGCUUCUUUCAGAAGCACUGAGAAAGUAGGGGUGGUUGCUACAGAAAACUCUUCAAUAACAGGCAUUUUAUAAGAAAUUAUUUUCACCUCCCUGGAAAGUUUUUCCUUUUUGAGAUACUGUAAAUAUCGCGGUUAGACCUGUGAUUUAAAGGAAAAACAUUCCCAUCAGAUAUGAUCUUUCUUUCAAAAAGCCUUUUCAGCACCAUGUUAGUUGACUAAAACAAAAAUAAGAUUGGCUGGACUUUUUUCUGUAAGGGACCAGUAGAGCAAGAUAGAAGCAGCUUUUCCCUUUUAGUGACAGAGGAAUUGUGCAUAUCAAAAAUAAGGAUUAAAACUUGUCUUUUUUUAAGUUGCAUAGAUGCAUAAAGCAUACAGGGUUUUUUAUUAUGAAACUAGAAUAACUUCCUAUUUCUUUGUUCUCUAGGGAUUUGAGUCAUAAUCAUUUGUUGUCAUCUAACUGGAGCAUUGAUUUGUCUGUUCACACACUACAAGAAGUGAAAAUGAAUUACAAUGAGCUAAGUGAAAUCCCAUACUUUGGAGAAACAACUUCUAAUAUAACUCUUCUCUCAUUGGUACAUAAUACAAUUCCAGAAAUAAAUGCGGAGCAGCUCCAAGUUUACCUUUCAUUGGAGAAUCUAGAUCUUAGUUCUAAUCUAAUCUCAGAAAUUAAAGCUUCUUCUUUCCCACGGAUGCAACUGAAAUACCUGAAUCUGAGUAACAACAGAAUAACUACCCUCGAAGCAGGCUGUCUUGAUAACUUAUCUAGCUCUCUAAUGGUGGUCAAGCUAAACAGAAAUAGAAUUAGUGUGAUUCCACCAAAGAUCUUCAAAUUACCUCAUGUGCAGUUUCUGGAACUGAAAAGGAACCGUAUUAAAAUAGUGGAAAGUCUUACAUUCCAAGGCCUGGAAUCAUUAAAAUCAUUAAAAAUGCAGCGCAAUGGGAUUAGCAGACUGAUGGAUGGAGCAUUCUUUGGCCUGGAUAAUAUAGAAGAAUUAGAACUGGAACAUAAUAACUUAACAGAAGUAAACAAGGGCUGGCUGUAUGGUCUGCGAAUAUUGCAACAACUCUACAUUAGCCAGAAUGCCAUUAACAGGAUCAACCCAGAUGCAUGGGAGUUCUGCCAAAGACUUUCUGAACUAGACUUGUCAUACAACCAACUAACUCACCUCAAGGAGUCUGCCUUUGUGGGACUUAGUUUAUUGGAGAAACUAAACCUGGGUGACAACCGAGUUAGUCACAUUGCUGAUGGUGUGUUUAGAGGACUGACAAAUCUUCGAACCUUGGAUUUGCGGAACAAUGAGAUCUCAUGGGCCAUAGAAGAUGCAAAUGAAGCCUUUGCAGGACUUGGCAGACUUGAUAAACUGAUCUUGCAAGGAAACCAGAUUAAGUCAAUUUCGAAGAAAGCGUUCUCUGGUCUUGAAGGACUUGAACAUUUGGAUCUAAGUAACAAUGCAGUCAUGUCCAUCCAAGAAAAUGCAUUUGCCCAGGCACCUCUGAAGGAGCUGAUUUUGAACACUAGCAGCUUACUUUGUGAUUGCCAGUUGAAAUGGCUGCCGCAGUGGCUCACUGAUAGCCACUUACAGCAGGCUGUAAACGUUAGCUGUGCUUACCCUGAAUGGUUAGCAGGACAAAGCCUUCUCAGUGUGGACCCUGAGGACUUUGUCUGUGAUAACUUCCCUAAACCACAGAUAAGAGUACAUCCUGAGACCACAAUCGCUCUGCGAGGCAUGAACGUGACUCUGACUUGCACUGCUGUGAGCAGCAGUGAUUCGCCCAUGUCCACUGCCUGGCGUAAAGACAGCGAAGUAUUGUAUGAUGCAGAGGUUGAGAAUUUUGCCAGAUAUCAGCAGCAAAGUGGGGAGGUUGUUGAGUAUACCACUGUCCUGCAUCUUUUCAAUGUGAAUUUCACUGAUGAAGGAAAGUAUCAGUGUAUCGUCACCAAUCACUUUGGCUCCAAUUAUUCUAACAAAGCCAAACUGACUGUCAAUGAACUGCCUUCCUUCCUGAAAACUCCCAUGGAUCUUACUAUCCGCAUUGGAGCUAUGGCCCGGCUGGAGUGUGCUGCAGAGGGCCACCCUACUCCCCAGAUCUCCUGGCAGAAAGAUGGUGGCACUGACUUCCCUGCUGCAAGAGAGAGGAGGAUGCACGUCAUGCCUGAGGAUGAUGUGUUCUUCAUUGCAAAUGUAAAAAUAGAAGACAUGGGAAUCUAUAGCUGUAUGGCACAAAACAUCGCAGGUGGUUUGUCAGCAAAUGCCACGCUGACUGUGCUAGAAACUCCUUCCUUCGUUAGGCCCCUGGAAGACAGGACAGUAACCAGAGGUGAAACUGCUGUCUUGCAAUGUAUAGCUGGUGGCAGUCCUGCCCCUCGCCUCAACUGGACUAAAGAUGAUGGGCCUUUAACAGUGACAGAACGGCACUUUUUCGCUGCAGCCAAUCAACUCCUUAUCAUUGUGGAUGCUGGACUAGAGGAUGCUGGGAAGUAUACGUGCAUAAUGUCCAACACUCUGGGCACUGAGCGUGGCCAUAUUUACCUAAAUGUCCUGGCUUCCCCAAAUUGUGAUUCUUCCCAGAGUGGCAUCAUCCACGAAGACGAUGGCUGGACAACAGUUGGCAUUGUGAUUAUUGUUGUGGUAUGCUGUGUUGUGGGAACUUCUCUGGUAUGGGUUAUUGUGAUCUAUCACAUGAGAAGGAAGAGUGAAGACUACAGCAUCACUAAUACAGAGGAGAUGAACCUACCUGCAGACAUUCCCAGUUAUUUAUCCUCCCAAGGAACUCUGUCAGAGCCUCAGGAAGGCUACAGUAACUCAGAGGCAGGAAGCCAUCAGCAGCUUAUGCCUCCAGCUAGUGGCUACGUGCAUAAAGGCACAGAUGGUGGCACAGCACCGCUGGUGAUCUGCUCAGACUGUUAUGACAAUGCAAACAUCUACUCCAGGACCCGAGAAUACUGUCCUUAUGCCUACAUCACAGAAGAAGACCCCCUUGACCAAACUCUCUCUAAUCUCAUGGUGCAGAUGCCUAAGGAAACAUACACAGCACGCACCCAGCAUGACACCAGUGCUCUUGAUAAUCUUAUAGCAGACAGAGACGUGUCUGUCUUCCUCACCAACCAUGAUAGAAUAAGUGAGAAGAAAAUCUCUUCCCAGCAGAUCAAUGAACCCUUUCAGCUUCCUUUAUGGGGAGUAAACAAGGACCUAGGGCUGUCUCACUCACACUUUCUGCAUCAGCAGUCAGCCCGUGAGACCCCACGACCUCUUCGAAGUGAGGGCAUUAUUGACAGUGACCGGGAUCAAGCUGCUUCACCCAGACCUUGCCACAGGUUACGUGAACAUAACUUUGAUUUUAAUAGGACGCGGAACAUUCAGGACCAUAGUGAAACCACAUAAGGCACUAAAAUGAAGUCUUGGAAGCAUAUCCAUAUCAACUGACUUUUUGUAUUUACUACCUCACGACUAGCCCCAAGGCCAAAGAUGCUUUGGUACGCGUAUCUACAAUUACAGGCUGACUAGACCGAGACAGACUCCCUAGAAGGAGGUGGUACAUGCCCUUUUUCCUUGGAUUAAUGUGCAUUGGAAAAUGGGAAUGUGCAACACUACACAUGAAUGAUUAGUGAUAUCCACAACAAUAGCAUUAAAACAUGCUUUUUCUGAUGUUGGAAACAGCCUUUGUGUUAGUGCAUGCUUUGAAAAUCUCUCAAGAAUGCAUAGCUAUUUCACGCCGCAUUGUCUGCUUGAAAACAAAUGUUCAGGGCCUCCUCAUGGAAUUCCCCAGUAAUUGUAAGCAUAAAACUCUUGGCCAGCUUUUUGUUCUUUAGACUGUUGGCAGGAGACUGUAAUCAGUCUAACUUUGGGGAUUGUUUUCUCCUAUGAAUAACGGACUCUAGUUGUAAAUAAAUUUGCAUUUAUAAAUAUUUUGUAUACACUAAGCAUAUAAAUGUAUUGGCUGUAAUGUAAAUAUAUUUUUAUCAUGCCAAAGUAUGUAUCAUAUUGUUAGCCUUGACAGCCGCAUAUCAAGCCAUAAUUUUUGGUGGGGGUUGAGGGAUUGAGAGCUUGUUUCUGCAGGGGUAGAGCUGGUUCUUUUCGUUUUGAAAAGAAGUGGAUGUGCUAUAGGUAUGUGGUAAAACUGAUAUUAAUGAAUAUCAUUGUCACAUACAAGUCUGUAUGCACUAAGCGUGGCUGACCUGACUGCAAGCUGAUCCAUUUCAUUGCGUUAGCAGAAUUCCAAGUUUGGUCCAUUAUGUGUUGAGAGUCAUUACAUCUCUCUAUUAGGCGCCCAUCUUUUCCACUAGAGCAUAACAUCCAACAGAUGCUGCUUUAACAAACUAGGCUGUAGUAUCCAGCUUCCCAGGAGUUCUUGUAGAUAGUGAACACAAGACUAGCACACAAAAUGAUGUCUCUUUCAGCUGUUAAAUAUCUUUCAGCUCAGCUGUUAAAUAUCUACAAGAUGGCAGUAUAAGUUCUGAUUUGCUUAUGUUUCAAAAGUUAUCUAAGCUUUUAUCUUUAAAAAGCUUUCAUACUGUGUGUACAUGUACAGAGUGUGUGCUCUGCAUUGCACAAAGGUCUCCGUGUAUUUUUCAUGGCUGACAGUUGAGUCAGUGAACUUCUUCAGAAUGUCAUGAUGAAAAGCACUGGGUAACUUG